UAUUGGGCAUGCAAUACGUAUGUAAAUCGUGCGGCGUAAGCUUUCCCCGUUAUUAAUUUCCCUUUUUUCCCUCAGCGCCAGCGAUCGAAGAGAUCUAGAAACAAUGUCAGACAGCGACGACUCAAUCCACCGUCUUGAGGGCUCUUCCGACCAGGUUGGAGGGCUCAUCAUCAGGAAGAAGACCACGUCCAAGGAGGAUGGCCAAGACUCCUUCAAGGCCCCUCAGCCCCGCUCCUCACUCCUCGGCCUGGACCGGCUGGCUGCCGCCAAAAGGAAAGAGAAGGAAGGCCUGGAGGAGGAGACUAAGAAGAAGUCAAAGGUUACGUCCUACAAGGAUGAUUGGGAAGGCGGAGAUGAGGAUGACGAGGAAGAUGAUGAUGAUUGUGAAGAUGAUGAGAAAGAAUCCUCGCUGAGAUCCUCUCAAAAAAGGCAGUACCGAGCCCCCCGAAUUGAAACCCCCUCCCACCCAGGGGGAGUGAGCAAUGCGGUGAAGGACAGGCAGAGACAGCGAGAGAAGGAGAGCCGGAAGGGCGGAGUCUAUGCCUCCUCCUCCUCCAAGGACCAGGAGAAGAAGAGCCGGCGAGAUCGGGAGAGAGACCGGGACAGAGACAGAAGAGACCGCGACAGAAAUAGAGACAGAGACAGACGCAGAGACCGUGACUCAGAAAGAAGAGACCGUGACUCAGAGAGAAGGGACCGUGACUCAGAGAGGAGAGACCGUGACUCAGAGAGAAGCAGUCGCAGCAUCCGCAGCGAGAGGAGUGAUUGGGAGAGGACCCCCAGCAGGGACGAUGAGCCGGGAACGCCUAGAAUAUCGAGAGGGAUAGCCACCCCAUCGAAGUCCAACUGGGACGAGGACGAAGACAGCAUUCCUCGUAAAGCGCCCUCAGGUUGGGACUUCCCCUCACCCAAGGUGCAGUCUGGGAAGGGCAGGGAUCGCAGCGAGCGGGGGCAACGCGGGGAUCAGAGUGAACGCCGGGGAGAGCGGAGCGCCAGGAGCAGUCGCGACAGAGACUCAGAGAAAAGGAGUAGUUCAAGGCGUCCCGUCGAUGACACGCCCAUGAUGACGCCCACCCACCGCUACAACUCCUGGGCCAGUAACAGAAAACGCAGCGGAGUUACCCCACAGAUAUCAGGAGGUGAUACAGUGGAACGAUUUGCGUCUGACGCUGAUCGACGGGAGUGGGAGGAAGAACAAAAGAGGCUGGAUCGUCAGUGGUACGGAUCCGACGAGGGUUACGACGAAGUCAAUAAUCCAUUUGCCUCCAUCCCGGACGAGUACACUCAGAAGAGAGAGAAGGAGCUUAUCAGUAAGGCCUCCAAGAGAAUGUCCGCUCAGCAGCGUCAGAUCAGCAAGGACAAUGAGAAAUGGGAGACCAAUCGAAUGCUCACCAGCGGCGUGGUGACCAGGGUCGACUUUGACGAGGACUUUGAAGAGGACAACGUCAAGCGCACGCAUUUAUUGGUCCACAACAUCGUGCCGCCGUUUCUCGACGGACGCCUCGUGUUCACCAAGCAGCCAGAGCCAGUCGUCCCUGUUAGGGACCCGACCUCUGACCUGGCCCAGAUUGCCAGGAAGGGCUCCCUCUUGGUCCGCAAACACCGCGAGCAGAAGGAACGAAAGAAGGCGCAGCACAAGGACUGGGAGCUGGCAGGGACCAAGCUGGGUAACCUGAUGGGCAUCGAGAAGCAGGACGAUAAGCAAGCCGAAGACGUCAACUACAAGUCCCAGCAGCAGUUUGCGGACCACAUGAAGGAGAAGACAGAAGCUGCCAGCGACUUUGCCAUCAAGAAAACGCUGAAGCAGCAGCGAGAGUUCUUGCCGAUCUACGCCAUCAGGAAUGAGCUUCUCAACAUCAUCAGGGAUAACAGCGUCGUGGUGAUCGUCGGCGAGACGGGAUCGGGAAAGACGACGCAACUUACACAGUACUUGCAUGAAGACGGUUACAGCAAGUAUGGCAUCAUUGGCUGCACACAGCCGCGUCGUGUGGCUGCGAUGUCCGUAGCCAAACGUGUCAGUGAAGAGAUGGGCGUGUCAUUAGGGGAGGACGUGGGAUAUGCCAUCCGAUUUGAAGAUGUGACGUCUGAGAAAACCGUGAUCAAGUACAUGACAGACGGUAUCCUGCUGAGGGAAUCGUUGCGCGAAUCGGACCUGGAUCAUUACAGUGCCGUCAUCAUGGACGAAGCUCACGAACGCUCCUUAAACACCGACGUGCUGUUUGGACUUCUCAGAGAGGUGGUUGCUAGGCGACAGGACAUGAAGCUCAUUGUCACCUCGGCAACAAUGGACUCUGAUAAGUUUUCGGCGUUCUUCGGAAAUGUUCCCGUCUUCGAGAUUCCUGGUAGGACGUUCCCUGUGGACACCAUGUUUAGCAAGACAGUGGUGGAGGAUUACGUAGACGCUUCAGUCAAGCAGGCCAUCCAGAUUCACCUUCAGCCAUCCCCCGGUGACAUUCUGGUCUUCAUGCCGGGUCAGGAGGACAUUGAGGUCACCUGUGAAGUCAUCGCAGAGAGACUAGGGGAGUUAGAUGACGCCCCUCAGCUGGCUAUCCUACCCAUCUACUCACAACUACCCUCGGAUCUACAAGCCAAGAUCUUCCAGAAGGCGCCGGACGGAGUCAGGAAGUGUGUGGUGGCAACCAACAUCGCUGAGACGUCGCUCACAGUCGAUGGUAUCAUGUUUGUGGUGGACGCCGGCUACUGCAAACUCAAGGUCUACAAUCCCAGGAUCGGUAUGGAUGCCUUGCAGGUGUAUCCAAUCAGCCAGGCUAAUGCCAAACAGAGAUCAGGAAGGGCAGGCAGGACAGGGCCGGGGCAGUGCUAUCGACUCUACACGGAGCGAGCGUACAAGAAUGAACUGCUGAUUACCACGGUACCGGAGAUACAGAGAACCAACCUGGCCAAUGUGGUCCUGCUGCUUAAAUCACUGGGAGUCCAGGAGCUCUUGCAGUUCCAUUUUAUGGACCCACCCCCUCAGGACAACAUGCUGAACUCCAUGUACCAGCUCUGGAUCCUGGGAGCGAUGGACAACACUGGUUCCCUCACCCCUCUCGGCAGACAGAUGGUGGAGUUUCCUCUCGAUCCCGCCCUCUCCAAGAUGCUUAUCGUUGCCGUGGAGAUGGGAUGCAGCACUGAAGUCCUGACCAUCGUCUCCAUGUUGUCUAUUCCGUCCAUCUUCUAUCGGCCGAAGGGACGCGAGGAAGAGAGUGACCAGGCCAGAGAGAAGUUUGCCGUACCAGAGAGUGACCAUCUAACUUACCUCAACGUCUACCAGCAAUGGAAGAAUAACCACUAUUCAUCCAUAUGGGGCAGCGAGCAUUUCAUCCACGUGAAAGCCAUGCGCAAAGUGCGGGAGGUCCGUCAGCAACUCAAAGACAUCAUGGAACAGCAGGGACUGAAUCUGAUCUCCUGCGGCACUGCCUGGGAUAUUGUGCGCAAGUGCAUCUGCUCGGCGUUCUUUCACCAGGGCGCCAGACUCAAGGGUAUCGGAGAGUAUGUGAAUAUCAGGACCGGAAUGCCGUGCCACCUUCACCCGACGAGCGCUCUGUUUGGGAUGGGUUUCACCCCGGAAUACAUCAUCUACCACGAACUGAUCAUGACAUCCAAGGAAUACAUGCAGUGUGUGACGGCCGUGGAAGGGGAGUGGCUAGCAGAACUGGGUCCUAUGUUCUACAGCGUCAAGGAGGCUGGCAAAUCAAGACAGGCAAAUCGUCAAAUGGCAAAGGCCAACCUGACAGCCAUGGAAGAAGAGAUGCAAGUAGCGACGGAAGAGUUGAAAGCCAGACGACAAUAUGAGGAAGAAAAGAGAGUCACGUCAAUAAAAAGGUUACAAGUUUCGACGCCAGGAAGGAAAGAACCGGGGACGCCGGGUUCAGUGCGAAGGAAAACACCCGCUUCAUUUGGUCUUUGAGAGCAGCAUCCAAGAGCACAUUCUCAUUGCUCAACCAGUGGUUGAUUCGUGAUGUGACUCACGACUGUGAAACAAAAUUCAAACGAUGGUCAAAAGGUCAUCACAAAAGUUCUUGAACCCUGGCUCCCUACUGUGUGUUGUGACGCUCGCAGUUAUUGGCAACCAGCGAACCGUGCCCCCGAACUCCAGUUCCAACUAGUGGACUAGAGUAGUCCAACUAUCCUGCGUUCAAGUGAAGUUUAUAGUUGGGCUGUGGUGGACCAUAGUCCUACCAAAUGGUGAUAAAUAUAGUCUGCGCGACACGUGUUGGUUCUGUCUCCCUGCUGUGCAUUAUGUAAGUAGUGAUGUGACUGACCUAAGUAUGCUGUCCCGAAAAGUCAAGUGGACUUGUCCAACUAUUGUCCACUAAUGUGGGUUCGAGCUAAGUUAAUCCAACUAUGGCUAACCAUAUUUCUCACCCAAACUUGAUCUUUGCUGGUCCAUUUUGGUGAUUCCAUGCCAGUUUCAGUAUUAAACAAGAAGAAUAAUGACACAGGAAUCGAUUCCACCAUAAAUAAGGUAAUUUGGAUACCAUUUGGAUCCCAUGUUGACCCAGAAAGACUUUUCGGUUCCACUUGAGAACCACUGUAUAUCCCUGGAGAUUGUAUUAAGCGUGAUUUUUAAUUGGUGAUUCCAUGCUAGUUCCCGUUACAAAAAGAAAAAAGACAAGGGAAUCGUUAGAUGAUAUGGAUACCAUUUGGUUUCCAAGAUGAGCCAGAAAACUUUUUGGUUCCAUGUGAGAACCACUGUAUAUCCACGGAGAUUUGUUCGCAUGAUUUUGCUUUGUGAUUCCAUGCCAGCUCCAUGAGAGAAAAUAAAGACUUGGGAAUCAGUGCAACCAAAAAUCAGAUGAUAUGGAUACCAGUUGGUUCCCAAAUGGAACCAGAAAGCAUAUUUGGUUCCACAUGAGAACCACUGUAUAUCCUUGGAGAUUUUAUACUGCAAACUGCACAGAGCCUCGAACAAUACAGACAGUACAUGUGAUGUGCUUACUAGAUUCUGAUGUUUUAUUGCGAUAUGAUGGGAACUUCACAAUAAAUGCCUUUCUACAUAUCACUGCUGAUAAUGGCUACAAAU